AUGCCGACUCUUCAUCAAUACGAUUACAUUUUUGCUGUAUCAACCAUCUUCGCCUUCCUUGAUGCCUGGAAUAUUGGUGCCAACGAUGUCGCCAACUCCUUCGCGACGUCGGUCUCCUCCAGAUCCCUCACCUUGAAACAAGCGAUGGCAAUUGCCUCGGUUUGCGAAUUUAGCGGUAGCAUCGCGGUGGGAGACAGAGUAGCCCACACCAUCCGGACGCAGAUCAUAGACCCUCACCUCUUCGACGACGCCCCAGCGGUUCUUCUCCUGGCCAUGAUGUGUUCAAUUAUCGCAUCAUCUCUCUUCCUCACGUUUGCGACAAGGCAUGGGAUGCCUAUAUCUACGACGCAUUCCAUCGUCGGAGGGAUUGUAGGUGCGGCCACGGCCUCGGUGGGCAUCGACAAGAUUCACUGGGGAUGGAGGGGUGUUCCCCAGGUCUUUGCUGCCUGGGUGAUUUCGCCAGGCAUAGCUGGACUGUUCGGGGCCAUCAUGUUCUUCAUGACGAAGAAGUUCGUUCUUACCACCCCGAAGGCUGUCAUAAGGGCGUUUUACUCAAUCCCUGCCUUCACAUUCCUAACCGUCGGGUGUAUCGUCAUGUUGAUCGUUUGGAAGGGAACCGAGAGGGACGUAGAAACACCGACAAACAUCAUUCUUAUUGCUAUCUUCUGUGCCGCCGGAGGCGUGGCCGCAUUACAAGGAUUCUUUAUACUGCCCUACUUAUGGGUGCGAAUCUUCCGGGAGGAUUGGACUUUGCGAUGGUAUCACGCCUUUCUGGGGCCCAUGAUCUUCAAUCGCCCGCCACCGCCACCUACACCUUUUGGUUAUGUCAAACCCAAAAUCAAAGACUACUACCGUGGCUACCUUACCGCCGACGAGCUAGCUUCGUUGCGGGCCUCGCAGUCUCUCUUACAGUCUGUACAGACACCAAAUGGAGAACAACCGGCCGAGUUGACCGAGGACGGGCCAGCCGAGCUGGAACUCCCCCCGCCUGCUAUCCCGGAGGAUCGACCGCCUACUCCCCCGGUUGAGGUCGGUCAAAACGAUACCGAUAAUUUCAUCCCUCCGCGACCAGCUGGCCCGUGGAACAGCUGGGCAGUUUUGGGAUGGAGAGUUAAUAGGCUUUUGCUCCGGGGGAUCGAACAAGACGUCAUUAGCAUGCAGAAGCGCAAUCUUGUCCUCAAGUGGGAUCUGGAAGACAUGCAUGCCCGAGCUACUCACUACGAUAAUCGAGUCGAGUUCAUGUACUCGUCACUCCAAAUCCUGACCGCCGCUGCGGCCUCAUUUACACACGGAGCCAACGAUGUCGCCAACGCCAUCGCGCCAUUCGCAACGGCUUAUGAGGUUUGGCGAUCUGGUAAGGUCGAUGACAUGGUGAAUGUGCCAAUCUGGAUCCUCUGUAUGGGUGGCGGCGCUAUUGUGCUCGGCUUGUUGACAUAUGGCUAUCAUGUCAUGAGAACCCUGGGCAACCGGUUGACCCUUAUUUCGCCGAGCCGCGGAUUCUGCAUGGAGCUGUCCAGCGCCCUCACGGUCCUUAUGGCGACCAGAUUGUCACUGCCCAUCUCGACGACCCAGUGCAUUACCGGCGCUACAGUAGGCGUCGGCCUGGCGAACGGAGACUGGAAGUGCAUCAAUCCCAAGCUUGUGGCUUGGAUCUAUUUCGGCUGGAUCAUCACAGUUCCCGUGACGGCCCUGAUAUCGGGCUGUCUCAUGGGCUUGAUCAUAAAUGCACCUCGGUGGUGA